GAGGGAGAAGACUUUACACAAUAAUGUGGUGGAAAGUCCGUUCGCGAUAUAAAAGUGACUCAAAGUCCCCAAACAUCAUCCAGUUCUUUGUGAACUAACGGAACUAUUCGACGCCAACCAAGAUGAAGCCCUUGCUUUUACUGGCGAUCUUAGUCCUUGCUGUCACAGCAGAGGAGAAGAUCAAAGAGGAGAAAAAACAAACCAAGCGUGGAUUACUGAGCCUGGGUUAUGGGUAUGGUAGUGACAUUGACCAUGGCUACCUUGUGGGAGCCGGUGGUCAUGGCUUAGGCCUUUCUGGACUUUCUGGACUUUCAUACGGCUAUGGACCCAUCGACUUGGGCCACUCGACCGCAAUUGAAAAAACCAUCACCUUGGUUAAAGGGGUACCAGUACCAUACCCCGUCGAGAAACACAUUCCAUACCCCGUCGAAAAACACAUCCCUUACCCCGUCAAAGUACCCGUACCCCAACCCUACCCUGUUGAGAAACACGUGCCUUACCCAGUCAAAGUUCCCGUCAAGGUUCCCGUUCCCGUACCCCAACCCUACCCCGUUGAGAAAAUCGUACAUGUUCCGGUUAAAGUACCAGUUGAUCGUCCCUACCCCGUUAAGGUGCUCGUACCCCAGCCGUACCCAGUCGAGAAACAUGUCCCAUACCCCGUGAAAGUACCAGUACCCCAGCCCUACCCCGUCGAGAAACACGUUCCAUACCCAGUUAAGGUACCAGUGCACGUACCCCAACCCUACCCCGUGGUGAAACACGUCCCGUACCCCGUUAAAGUACCAGUGGACAGGCCCUACCCCGUCCAUGUACCCCAGCCCUACCCCGUCCAUAUUGAGAAGAAGAUCGCGGUACCGGUCGAGAAGUUGGUACCGUACCCCGUUAAGGUUCCCGUUGAUCGUCCCGUUGCCGUUCCGGUACCUAAGCCAUACCCCGUUGAGGUUAAAGUACCCGUUCCCGCACCGUACCCCGUGGAGAAACCGGUUCCCUACCCCGUUGAAAAACCGGUUCCUUACCCGGUGAAGAUCGCAGUUGAGAGGCCAGUGCCGUACCCGGUGGUUAAGCCAGUGGCGUACGAGGUGGAGAGACCGGUUCCCGUUCCCGUUAAGGUUCCCGUUGCCGUUCCCGUCCACGGCCACUACCACCACCACGUCGACCACUACUAGUGAUCCACACUGUGUGUGUGUUUAUUUAUCUCCGUUUAUAAAUACUUAUUCUCGUUAUUUAUAAAAUGCCAAAUUAGUUACUUAUAUUUUUCUUUAAUAAAUAAUUUAAUUUCUA